AUGUUUGCCAUGCCCAAAAACCAAUGUCAUAUUCAAGAUUGUACUCGAUCCGUGGCUACACUCUGUUACUGUUGUCAGAAAAAUGUUUGCAGCAAGCAUUUCAAUGAACACAUCGAAGUGAUUAAAGGUCAACUACAUCCACUGGUUGAACAGAGAAAUGAAUUGGCUGAAAAGGUUCACAAUUUAAAAAUUGAACAACUGACGGAUAAAGCCUACGAAGAUUUGGAUCAGUGGCGUACGGGCAUUUAUAAGAUGAUCGAUGAUAUUUAUUCGAAAAAACGUAAAGAAAUUGAACAAAGUGUGCAAAUAAAUGAAGCUUUGUUUGUAAAGCACAAAAAUGAACAACUAGAAAAGAUAGAAAAGGUUAAACUUGAUCUUGAACAAUUAAUUAGUCAGGAUGAUGCUACAGCUGAUCAAAUCAGAGAAUUGAAAUCUUCAUUACAGAUCAUUGAAAUGAACUUGGCUGUGUUUCAAAGACAAUUUAUUGUCGUCCAAACUAGGCUUUGGGAUGUAGAUCUGGUACAAAUACAAUCCGGUUUAAACAUGAACUUCGUAAAUUCGAUUGGACAACGAAAACAAAAACAACAAGCAGGAGGUAUGUCAUAUGCACAUCAGGAGCUUGAAGAAGACUUCUAA